AUGAUGAAAGCAAAAAUGAUAGAAAAAGAAUCAGAUUUCAUUUCUUAAUGUUAACAUCAAUUGCCUGUAUGCAUGGUUGUAUUUGACCAAAAUUUGAACAACAAUUAAAGACUUUUAUGUCCAUCAUGCUUAGCUGAAUUUGAAUCAAAUAAAAAAAUGAUAGGGAUAGCUAAAGUCAUCAAGAUGAUUGAAGAAAAUUAGAAUAAAAAAUUAUUUAGAAUUUAAAACAAUUUACAUUCUAAUUUUGACUAAGUUAGAUAAUUGUAAGAAAGUUUAAUAAUGCUUCAAACUUUUACUCAAGAUAAACUAUAAAUGUUAGUUGAAAGUAUUGAGAAGUGGUUAUAAACUAUACUAGAAUUAUAGUAAAAAUAUUAAUCUUAUAGUUUUUUUGCUGAACUAGAAAUUCUAAUAUAAAAUGA